AUGUCACCCAACAACUUUCCACAGCGGACACCGCUAUCACAAUGGAGUGCCGCCCAGCGCAAGGGUAUCAUCAUGCCCAUUGUCAUAGCAUCGGUAUUGAUCUUGGUCCUCGUUCUCGCCAACAUGUCAUAUCUUUUCGGAGAAACAUUUGAGCAGGCCAAGCGCACACACGCACUCAGGAUCCUCGCAGUAGACAUGGACGGCGGCGCUAUCGGUGCAGCAAUAGAAGGCGCGGCUAAGAGCUUCCAAGCCGAGAACUUCCCAACCAUCGAGUUUGCCUCCCCCUCAAAGUACUCAACUCCCGAAGCGGUGAGGAACGCGGUAUGCAAAGGAGGCUACUGGGGAGCCAUGUACAUCAACCCGGGCGUCUCCGCGAAGCUCGCCAGCGCCGUCAGCGGCGCCUCGACAGCCGCCUACAACCCCGCCGGUUCAGUCACCUACACCUACAACCAGGCCCGAUACCCCGCGCUCGCCGAUUCCCUCGUCGGCAGCAACAUCCAAAAGGUGGUCAGCGCGUCGCGGUCCUUUUACUACCAGUCGGCCAACGGCACGGCCGCCCUCCGGUCCCUCAACGCCACCAACCACGCAGCGACCGCCGCCUAUCUGAACCCCAUCUCGUCCACCCCCGACCUCAUCGGCGAGCAGGUGCAGGCCAGCCGCGUCUUCUUCAACACCGUCAACAUUGUCAUCCCGACCCUCGCCCAGUUCUUCUACAUCAUGGCCCAGAACGGCAUCGGCAUGAGCUCCGGCCUCCUCGCCAAGGCAAGGAGACGCGACGUCUGGCUCGUCCGCUUCACCGUCGGCAAAAUCCACGGGCUCCUCACCGCCAUCACCGUCACGGGCUACAUCUGGGCCUACAAGGAGACCUCACCCGUCGGCGGCGCAGUGUUUGGCAAGAUCUUCCUCAUCUUCUGGUUCUUCAUGGACGUGCAGUGGCAGAUCCUGGAAUCUCUCGUCGGCUCCUUCCUGCCCAUGCAAUUCUUCCCCUUCUUCUUCCUCACCUGGAUCCUCACCAACGUCGCCAGCAGCGCCUUCCCGUUCGAGAUCGCGCCGGGCUUCUACAGAGUCGGCUACGCCCUGCCGGCCCGCGAGGUCUACUCCCUCUAUGUGCAGGUCUGGUCCGGCUGCGCCGACCUGACGCACAUUGCGUUGCCCGUCCUCUUUUCGUGGUGGCUCGUGGGCCACAUCGGCUCCGUCUUCUCCAUCCGCAAGCGCUGCGCUGAUGCUGCGGCGAUCGUUGCUGCUAGUGCUACCGCUGCUGAAAAGGCACCGGCGGGGCAGGAUGAUACUGUCUCUAUUCCUCCUCGCUCUGCCAGCACGGAGGCGACAUUGCAGUCCGAAGAGCAGGUCAACAACGAGAAAUAA